AUGGCAUUUGUAACUGAAGAAGCUGUAGCCGCCCACAACGAAUUGGCAUUUAAACUCCAGCAAGAGUUAAGCGACUUAGAGAUAAACCAAUUGAAGAAUCUAUUCAAAGAUUGUCCACUAUCUCAACGGCAGAUUACAAACAUCAAAGAUAUAAAUGACCUAUUUGUACACCUUCGUGAUGCUGUGAAGAUUUCCAUAGGCGAUUAUGAUCAUUUAACAUUAAAAUUAAGAUUGAUAAAGCCAAGAAUGGCUGAUUAUGUGGCAGAACAGGAAAAACAUAUCCAGGGUAUUCUGAAUAGAGAUGAUAUGUCUGCAGCCACAGCUUCAACAGUCAGCAAAAGUCACACCAUUGAAAUCCAUGCUGACUUAAGACCUUUAAGUCCUUUGAUAGUUCAAACUAUAAACAGGAUUAAAACAGAAAAAGAGGAGAAAAAGUUCAUGGAGACCAAAGCUUUUCAUGACGCACAAGAGAAACUCAGAAAGAACAGAGUCAUAAUGAUCAAGGGUAACACAGGAGACGGCAAGACUUCGACUGCCAUUCAACUCAUGGACUGGCUGAUCAAGGAGCAGCAAUGCAGACAACCUCUUCAGCUUCAUGAAAUCAAGAAAUUAGAUAAAUUGUCUCCAGACUCGAAUCUGGUUACUUUUAUUGAUGAUAUUUUUGGAGAGAAAAAUGUUAGAAAUACGGAUGUAGAUGAGUGGACCAAAAGAAUUAAUAAUGUAAAAACAUUGUUUGUAGAUCAACAAAUCAAGCACAAUUUUUUGCUUGUUACUAUUCGUAAUGAAAUAUAUAAUGUUUUGAAAAAGCGGUCUUUGGAACCAGUUUUUACCAAAGAUAACAUUAUUGACCUGAGUUCUGACACAUACAGGAUUUUAGAGGAAAGAAAAGAACUUCUAAAAAAAUAUCUACCAAACAAUUUUGAAUGGGAAGAGAAAGAAAUAGAAAAUAUUGUGAAAUCUGCUUCAAGUAUUGGCUUUCCUCAAUGCUGCUACAUUUUCUAUAACUCUGUGGAAUUGCAGGCAAAAGGCGGGAAUUUUUUUGAGAAACCUUUUAAAUUUUUGAAUGAAGCAUUGUCAAGAUUACCAGAAUGUUGUGCCAUUUUGUUUCUUUUCCUCAAUGGAGGGAAGAUAAAAGUUAAAGAUCUAGACCCAAACAGUGAUAAAAUCAACAAAACAUUGUUAGAUGAAUCAUUUGAUAUUAAUCUGAUUGAUGGUGAGGAGGACAGAACCUCAUUGACUUACAAGAAAAAAGUAGGAUUUGUGAAAGAAAGUUUAGACAGAUUGCUAGGAUUUUUAGUGGUUAAGGAGAAACAUUGGUCUGGUUAUGAUGUAUACAGAUUUAAUCAUGAUUCUGUACAUGUCACAGUAGCUCGUUUGUAUUGGAACAAAACACCAGUUGGUUAUAUGCAGAAUUGUCCAGUGAAAUCCCUCUGUUAUCUCACAACCUCAAAAACAUCCUCAGACAUGAUUGUCAAAUCAUCAGAUCAUUAUACAUGUCUGUGUGAACGUCUGCUCCGAGAGUUGGAGUGGGAGGUGAAUUACGAUGAAAUUGAUUUUCUGUAUCGCAGAAAUGUUAUUAAGUCUCUAGAUGUGUGGAAAGAUCCUGUAUUUGUUGUUAGAUUUGUUCAGUUCUUGAAUAAGAGAAAAAUUGAUAAACGUGCUGUGUUAAAUAAGGCAUGUAAAUACGGUGUAAAAGAAUGUGGUUUAUAUCUUCUGAGUGUGGAAGUCAAACCGGACAAUGACACAGACUGGUGGUCAUUGAUAACAGGAGGUUAUCGUGGUAAGGGAGAUGUGGAUGUACUUAAGAAAGUUGUUAAAUACCUGAAUGAUAAGAUGAAACAUCGCUUGUUAAAUAUAGCAUGUGAAUCUGGUUCAACAGAAUGUGGUUUAUAUCUUCUGAGUGUGGGAGUCAAACCUGACAAUGACACAGACUUGUGGUCAUUGAUUACAGGAGGUUAUUGUGGUAAGGGAGAUGUGAAUGUACUUAAGGAAGUUGUUAAAUACCUGAAUGAUGAGAAGAAACAUCGCUUGUUAAAUGAUGCAUGUGAAUCUGGUUCAACAGAAUGUGGUUUAUAUCUUCUGAGUGUGGGAGCCAAACCUGACAAUGACACACAUUGGUGGUCAUUGAUUACAGGAGGUGAUGAGUGGGAUAAGGGAGAUGUGGAUGUACUUAAGGAAGUUGUUAAAUACCUGAAUGAUGAGAAGAAACAUCGCUUGUUAAAUAUAGCAUGUCGUACUGGUUCAACAGAAUGUGUUUUAUAUCUUCUGAGUAUGGGAGCCAAACCUGACAAUGACACACACUGGUGGUCAUUGAUUACAGGAGGUGAUAUUGCGGAAAAUGUGGAUGUACUUAAGAAACUUGUUAAAUACCUGAAUGAUGAGAUGAAACAUCGCUUGUUAAAUGAUGCAUGUAAAUAUAGUUCAUCAGAAUGUGUUUUAUAUCUUCUGAGUGUGGGAGUCAAACCGGACAAUGAAACACUGUUCCGUGUGGCGGAUGGAGGGAGUGCGGAAUUGUUACGUAAACUACUGCAGUAUGACGUCACUAUAACAGCGAAGGAUGGGUACGACAAUUACAAUGUCUUACAUAAAGCGUGUGAGUCGGGGAAUGAAGAGAUGGUGACUGAGUUGUGUGAUAAGUAUCCAGACUUGGUACGUGACACUGAUAAGUAUGGACGAACACCACUCCAUGUCGCGACAGGAAUCUUUAGAGGAAACUUAUCUGUGUUCCAGACAGUGGAGAGAACUAUACUUCAAACCUUGUAUAAACAGUGUGGGACAGACGGAAAUGUUGUACACAGGGAUUGUGUGUGGGGUCAGCACAUGUCUCACUUAGUAGACAAUAAAGGACGGACUGUAUUACAUGAGAGUUGUUGGAGGGGAAACAAGGAGCUUUGUGUCUAUUUAUGUGAUAAAUAUCCAUCACUGCUCACAGCUGUAGACAAUGAAGGACAGACUGUAUUACAUUGGAGUUGUGAGGAAGGCAACAAGGAUAUUUGUGUCUAUUUAUGUGAGAAGUAUCCAUCACUGAUCACAGCGGUAGACAAACGUGGCCGUCAUUGUCUACAUUACAUCGCUGAGUCGUACAAACCAGAUGUAGACUUGUUCACGGAGUGCGAGACUUACGUCAAACGACACAUAGAGUCAACAGGAGGUAAGUAUGACAUCACAACCAUACUUGACGGGGAGGGGAAAUCUGUUUUAGAAUUGGUAAAGCAAAAGAAAGAGAGAUACAGUUGGAAAGACAACCGUUUGUAUGAUCAUCUUAUCAAAGUGUUCCGUAAAUAA